AUGGUCCCCAGGCAGGAGGAACACGCUCGGCCGCCGCCUGCACCACGUCUCUGGUCGCGACUCUCAACUCUAUCCAAACGUUCCUUCCGCUCCUUCACCUCCGACUUUGAGGCCGACGACGAACGGUCUGACACCGACUCGGAUUACGAGAGAAUGAGCGGCAGCACCAGCGACGGCUUUCCUCAUGGCCAAGGCCGUUAUCAUGGCGAAGAUACCCGCCCCACGAGCCAGAAGGAGCUCUCUGGCUGGUAUGCAUACGCCUUUGCCGCCGAAACCUAUGUCAUUUGUGGCUCCUUCAUCCCGAUUCUUCUUGAGACUCUUGCACGCGAAAACGGCGUCCUGCUGUCCGAUCGGUCAACCCCCUGCGGCACGAGCGAUUCCAAAAACAAGGCCGAUGGGCAAUGUGUUGUCUAUGUCCUGGGCAUUGAGAUCAACACGGCCAGCUUCGCCAUGUACACUUUCUCCAUUAGCGUUUUGCUCCAGGCGCUUUUGGUGGUGAGCAUUAGCAGUGCUGCCGACCACGGCAAUUCAAGAAAGAAGCUUCUGCUCACAUUCGCAUGGAUCGGGAGCUUCUCCGUCAUGGCCUACAUCUUUGUCAGCAAGAGCACCUACAUCCUGGGUGCUCUUUUGGCCAUCGUAUCCAACGUUUGUUUUGGUGCCUCCUUCGUGCUUCUCAACUCCUUCCUGCCCUUGCUGGUCCGACACCACCCCGAGGUUCUGGCGUCCGAGACUGUUCAUGCGCUGGACCUAGAACAUCCGGAUCUGGAGCCGCAGCUCCCGGAUGGGUCUCAACUGGGUGAGGAUAUCGCCGCCGUCAGUGAUAUCGAUGACCAAACGUCAGCCUUGCUUGGGAGGAAUGGACAUGGAGGGCACCCUUUGGUUCGGAAAGCCACGCACGAGGAACUCACCUCUGUCGAACUGCAGCUGUCAACUCAGAUAUCCGCCAAGGGGAUCGGUAUCGGAUACAUCGCCGGCCUAUUCGUGCAAUGUGUCGCCAUUGCCAUCUUGAUUGCCAUGAAGAACACCACCUGGUCGCAAAGGGUCGUACUGUGCAUGGCUGGCUGUUGGUGGGCGUUCUUCACGAUCCCUGCUGCCAUGUGGCUCCGCCCCAGGCCUGGUCCACCGAUGCCUCUAUCAUCGGGCAAAGGGGCUCGGGCGUGGAUGGCAUACAUCGCCAAUGCAUGGAAAUCACUGUUCAACACCGUCAGGUUGGCUGGGCGCUUGAGAGAUAUUGUUCUGUACUUGAUCGCGUGGUUCUUAUUGAGCGACGCAAUAGCAACAACAUCUUCCACGGCAAUCCUGUUCGCCAAAACCCAGCUGCACAUGAAGCCAUGGGCGUUGGGAAUGAUCAACGUCAUUUCUACUACGGCUGGUGUCAUUGGUGCGUUCAGUUGGGCAUUUGUGUCUCGCAAGUUCGACUUGAAGCCCCACCAAACCAUCCUCGUCUGCAUCGCCCUCUUCGAACUCAUACCCAUCUAUGGGCUGCUUGGAUAUUUGCCGUUUGUGCAGAGUUGGGGAGUUGUUGGAUUGCAGCAGCCAUGGGAGAUGUACCCUCUGGCCGCGGUUUACGGUCUGGUGCUGGGAGGACUAAGCUCGUAUUGCCGCAGUCUUUACGGGGAGCUCAUUCCACCAGGCUCCGAAGCUGCCUUUUACGCCUUGUAUGCCAUAACGGACAAGGGUUCAAGCUUUUUUGGGCCUGCCAUUGUUGGCGCCAUCAUCAAUUCAUCAGGAGACAUCCGGCCAGCAUUUUGGUUCCUAGCAGCCCUCGUUGGUCUUCCGGCUCCUCUCAUAUGGAGUGUAAAUGUGGAGAGGGGCAAGCGUGAGGGAGACAAACUUGCAGAGGUUAUAGAAGGGUUCAGAAGUCAACAAAGAGAAGGCGGCAGUGAAACAGAAGAGAGUGACGAGCGCCCAAUCCUGAGCGCAUACGACGACGAGGAAGAUGGUCAUAAUCACAAUCAACCCAGGGAGUACUGA